AUGUCUCCCAAGCACGACGCCGGCUCCUCGCCGCCGGCGGCGGCGCCCGCCACCGCCACCGCACCCGCCCCUAACCCAUCCCCAUUCACGCCCACGGGCCAGAUGCGGCGCGACGAGUGCGCAGACCUCCUCAAGCUGCUCUCCGGCGUCUCGCGCCCGCUCGAGGACGUCGUGGCGGACUUCCUCGCCCGCGUCCCGCCGGAGCGCCGCCUCCGCUUCGGCUGCGCCAUCAAAUUCGUCCUCGAGGACAAGAUGAUGUUUGGACUAGCUGAGCGUUUAAUUGCAUUUGCAAUGCUUCAUCAAGGUUAUUCCUCACAGUUGGCAAAUCCUUUUGUUCCACUCUUAAUAAAUGCUGCAUGUGACGAAACCUCUGAGAGACCAGAACGAGUUUUUCUCCAGCUUUUGUUAAGUUCAGCUAAUGGGGACAAUAGUAAGGAGAUCUUGAAGCAGUCUGCAGCAGAUUACUUGAAGGAGCCCUCUUAUGCAUCUCAGGUGUUACUGCCAAAAGACCAGCUUGAAAGGCAAUACUCGUGCAAUGCGGUACAGCCACAGACAUACACUAGUAGUUGCACAGCUGCUACAGUUAGGAAUGUUAUUCCUGACCCAGAUGUUUCCCAAAGCUUUGGUGAUUCAUUAGAGAUAUCACCAGCCAAACCACAAAGAGAUAAUGUGGUUGCAGAUUUACUUCAACAAACACCACUCAAAGGGUUGUCUCCUCCAUGGAUAAGACCCCCUCCCCCCAGACUUGAAAUAAUUGAAGGAGAGUUGCACUGGUUGAACCUGGACAACAACCAUGAUCUACUAUGGGAUGGUAGCAUGUGUGCUGACACUAGUCGAGGGGCUUCGAUCCGAGAUUUGGUUGGAAGAGCCUGUAAAGGACCACUUGUACCUGCUCAACAAGAGCAAGUUAUUUCAGAUUUAGCGAAGGACUGGAAGCUAGUUUAUCAUUGCGGGAUGACACCAGAGAAGCUUCCUGACCUUGUUGAACAUAAUCCGCUAAUUGCUGUUGAUGUUCUGUCAAAGCUGAUUAAUUCUCCUGACAUGGAUUCUUAUUUCGAUAUUCUUGUGCAUAUGGAAAUGAGCCUACAUUCAAUGGAAGUUGUAAAUAGGCUUACUACAGCAGUACAUCUACCAGCAGGAUUCAUUCAUGACUACAUCUCAAAUUGUAUUCGGUCAUGCCAAAAUAUUAAGGAUAAGUACAUGCAAAACAGACUAGUAAGACUAGUUUGUGUUUUUCUACAGAGCCUCAUUCGAAACAAGAUAAUUAAUGUUGAAGAUCUCUUCAUCGAGGUUCAAGCAUUCUGCAUCGCGUUCUCUCGAAUAAGAGAAGCAGCUGGUUUGUUCAGGCUUCUCAAAUCUUUAGAGUGAAGAAGGUUGUAUGAUUUAUGCAAGACUCAGAGCUCUGCUCUGUAAACAAAUUUUCCAUUAUGUACAUUCGUAGGUCUAUAUUUUCGCGUUGAUCUGCUAAUUCCUGUUAGGGUUGUACCUCAUAGAUUAUAGCUCUUGAUGUAUUAGUUGUCAUUAAGCUGUCCCCUCACCUAAAAAAGGGAAAUAAGAUUCUCAGAAUUACCUAGGAUUGGAUCAUUCCACCGAAUCAUUUUAAUGUGGACUUGAACCAUAUCUUGUUGAGGUGAGACAAAUUAGCAGUUACCUUUAUCCUGUUAAAGGAUAGCCGAUCAAUGGGCACUACCAGUACAAUUAACGACUGCUGCUCAAGUUCUGGCUCCUGAGUACAGCUAAUUUAAAUUCAGAUGUAAAGGGAAGUUAUUGUUCAUUUUUCUGAUGCAUCGUUGGAUA